UUGUGGUUUAAACAUUUAUUUGAAGGAAAUGUACUCUAGCUAGUUAACUUUUCAGGGCCGUUUCAGGCAUAUUCGGGAUGUAUUUUAGCAUGUAAUAUUUAGUUUGUAACGGUAUCUGUUCUGUGUCUCGGAGCGUUGGGUUUCGUGGUAGGACAGUUUUCUGGGAAUACAGUAAACACAUUGUCACUGAAUCACAUGAGAGAUGAGAUCGUUCUUCUGGAAGGUUCCCACAGAGACCACCUCGGCGAAGGCUGUGAAGAUUUUUUUUAAUCAGGCAGACAUCUUUCGUUGUCCUCAUGGGGUGUUGUUUGUAGGAUAGACCGAACAGACUGAAUCAAGCGUGUUCAUAUCUUUUCAAUCCCAAACCGAUGUGUCAGUGUGGACUUCGGGGGUCUACGGAUCUCGCCGGAUCUCUCCGAGGCUGAGCUUGAAUGCAAAGAUGAUAUUGGGAAAAUGUUGAAAGAAUGGGGAGGCUCGAUUCAUGCGUUUUCCACCAAGAAAGUGGGUUUUCUGUGGCGUUGGUCUCUGUCAGCUGGCAUAUGUAGAUGUUCUCUCCCAGCUUCACAUUUAUCUUUUUGCUUCCCAGACACACUCGUUGAUAGGAGGCUACCUGAGUCAAAGUGUCCAGAUACUCCAGCUGAAACAAAAAGAUCGAUGCGACACGCUAUUAUAAAGAUGGCGUUCAUUAAAGAGGAGAGCAAAGACAUGAGGAUUGAAGAAGCGUUCACAGUAAAGCAAGAAGAUAAUGAGGAACAAACAGAUGCGACGGCGUUGAAAGAGGAGAGUCGAGAUCCGAAUGAAACGGUAGAGGAAGAUCUGCAUGAAAAACACGAUUUCAUAUCUUUUGAAAAGGAUCCAAAGACUGGAGCUCUGAGUCGUUUCAUUUGCCAACAUUGCGGAAAGAUUUUAAAAAACAGAGAAAACCUUAAAAUCCAUACCAGGAUUCACACUGGGGAGAAGCCUUUUAUCUGCCAAGAGUGCGGGAAGAGCUUCCCGCGAAAAGAUAAUCUGAGAAUUCACGUGAGGGUUCACACCGGGGAGAAACCUUACACCUGCCAGCAGUGUGGAAAGAGUUUCCCGCGAAAAGAUAACCUCAAGAUUCACAUGAGAAUUCACACCGGAGAGAAACCGUUCAUAUGUGGUCAAUGCGGAAAGCGUUUCCCGCACAAAGCGACCUUUUACACCCACGUGAGAAUUCACACCGGAGAGAAGCCUUACACCUGCCAACUGUGCGGGAAAACGGUGAACCGAAAAGGAAAUCUUAAGGCUCAUAUGAGAGUUCACACCGGAGAGAAGCCUUUCGCUUGUGAACGGUGUGGGAGACGUUUCGUACGCAAGGAAGGCCUCGGCAAGCACUUGGAGACGCACUCGAGUGAGAGCUCUUUUACGUGCCAGAGGUGCGGAAGGGCAUUCACAGACGGCGGCCGCUUUAAGAGCCACGUACUCGCUCACAUGGGGCAGGAGCCUUUCAUGUGUCUUCACUGCGGGAAGACUCUCGCGAAAAAAGCAAACCUCAAGACUCACAUGAGAAUCCACACCGGAGAGAAGCCUUUCGCGUGUGAUCAGUGCGGGAAGAGUUUCAGACAGAAAACCACUCUUUAUACUCACAUGAGAGUUCACACCGCAGAGAGGCCUGUUCGAAUAUGUAUAGUGUGAGUUUCCCACGUCAGAUCUGACGAGUUAUUUGGGAAAUCACUCUGGGAAAGGAGCACCCGUGCGCUCGGGAGAAAGUACGAUGCUUGUAGGCUUUGGAUUCGUAUCCUGGCAAGGAUUUCUGUAUUUCUUUGGUUCAGAGUACCUCGAGAUCGUCACGAACCCAAACGAAGCCAUAACCUAGACAUUUUAAGCAAUGUAGAAACCCUGGCCAGGACACAUCCGUGAAAAAUGGCACGUAUCUUAUAGUCUUCGAAAAGGCCGUAACAGCAUUAUAUUCUCUUUUAACAAGAAAUCCGUAAAAGUCCUAAAUAUUCGAAAUUAUAAAGUCUUAACCUUUGGCAAAGGUUUUAAACAUUUGGCGCACAAACAGAGGAGAUGCUUGGAAAAAGCAAACCUGUUUUCGAUUGCCAUCGAAACUGAUUUUCAAGGAGCUGUCGUAGUCUUGUAAUAUAUAAUUUUUUCAAGGGUGUUUAAACGCAAUAGGCUUUUCUAUUUUCGUUUACCGUUUUUAUAUAGGCCAUUCUACAGAACUGGUCCGAAGUCAUUGGAAACAUCUUGGAAAAAAAAUAGUAUUUUCUAAAUUAUUUGUAUGUAUGCAAGUCGAGCGAUUUCCAAGGUACAAAUUUGUAGUAAUUGUGCAGUAAGUUCUCAUAUUGUAUUUUCAGAAAGUUUUGGAAUACGUCAUUAUGUGAAACGCAGUAAUAAUUUAAUUAUUUAAUAAAAAAACAAUUACAUUUUAAACAAUAUUUCAAGUAUAAUUUGUGAGAUUUCAAUUGCAGAUUUUUCAUAUUUUGAACGCUUUUACCUCAAAACGAUGAGACCGCAUAUUGUAGCUAUGAGAGAUAUAUGAUCGUAAAUAUAUGGGUGUUUUUUUUUCAGAUAAAACUUCCCAGUGUUAUGGAAAUUGCAAUGAUAUUUAUUUUAAUAACUAUCACUAUCAGAGGUGGACUUAACCUUAGCUAGGUGACCAUCUUGGGCCCGCACAAAAUGUCCGCACAACACUUUUCAGAAAUAAAAGAUGUGCAUUAACCAUGGAGACGGUUGCUGUGUUGCCAGGACAACCACUGGCAUGGCUGCAGUAAAUGUACUUCUUUUGUCUUCAGCUUGUAGCAAAUGAAAACAAUGGAUCUAAAGUGUAAUUAAACAUUAAGCAACAUUA